AUGGGAAUUGCGCAUGCGAUGUUAUAUGACCUUGUGGAUCCGGCCCUCGAGCUGUCUGAUCCGUGUCCGGACAUUCACAUGCUGUUCAUCGACUUCAAUGAUCGUUUUUUCGAAGGCGCAUUGUCCAGAUGUGAAGUGAAAUGGAGUCCAAGAAUGUAUUCAUGUGCUGGUGUCUGUUCAUACGAAGGCCGGAGUGGAAUGUGUUCAGUUCGCUUGAGUUUACCGCUUCUGAAGUUGAGGCCUCGAAAGGAUCUUGUUGAAACACUGCUGCACGAAAUGAUUCAUGCAUAUCUCUUUGUCACCAAACGCGAUCGCGACAGAGAUGGUCAUGGACCUGAUUUCCAAUAUCAUAUGAACAGAAUCAAUCGAAUUGCAAAUACAAAGAUCACCAUCUACCAUUCCUUUCAUGAUGAAGUCAAUCUGUACAAAACGCAUGUUUGGAGAUGUGAUGGUCCUUGUCGUGACCGAAAGCCCUUUUACGGCUACGUGAAGCGUUCAUCUAAUCGUGCCCCUGGUCCCAAUGAUCUGUGGUGGAGCUCGCACAAAGCGAGUUGCAACGGUACAUUCCAAAAAAUCCAGGAGCCUGACGGCUAUGGACAGAAGAAAAGAAAAGCGACCAAUAACGAGAAUGCCGUUCCCGAGAAGAAAAUAUCACCCAACUCGCUGCAUAAAUAUUUUACUGGAAGCGGUCAAGUCUUGGGUACACUGACAUCAAGUCAAACUACGGGGACUCCGAAGAGCUCUAGACUUCUAAAUUUGUUUUCGUCUGGCACUGCUCAAGGAUCAUCUACCGUUGGUAACACUACCAAAAACGUUGAAGGACGUGUACCGGUUAUUGGUACAGCAAACGAGGAUUCAAAGAAAAUACCUAAUAAAAAGGUGCCUGGUCCCAAGAAAAAUAUUUCGCCCAAUUCUCUGGAUCGGUACUUCAAAACCACAUCUGGCAGUCAGUCCAGCCAGGUCUCGACUUCAGCUAGUCAGCCACUUGGUGCACCAAAACAACAGCGAUCAGGAUCCUCUGUUACCAACAGCACAGACUCUUUCAAAGAUGAUGUCGGAAAGCCUGCGCCAACAGAGAUAAUUGACAUAGAGCUGGUAGCCGGUCCCAGUUGGUUGUUACCAGCCACCUCUUCCUCUGAUGGUCUUGGUAGUGCCACUUGUCCCAUUGAAAUAGCAGAAGAUCUAGAGCCUUCCCAGCAUUCUUCAACUUCUCAGCCGUCUCACUAUCCUACUGCUGCCUUUUUAGACAAAACUGAUCAGGUCAACUUGAGUAAGCAUGUUUAUUGCCCUUCCUGUGGAGAUCGGGUUAUUGAGUUUUACAUUAAUGAGCACUUAGAUCUUUGUAUCGCUGCACAAUAGCUUUAUUUUCAAUUGCGGUGAUAUUUUUUUCCAUAUCUGGUGCUUGCUUCGGGUCUAAUUGCUGUUACUUGCUUUCUCUUUGCUUUAAUUUCUAUGCAUCAACUUGUUAUAUGCUAUGUUACAUGUCAACUUGCUCAAAUGGCCAUUUCAUUUAUCACAAUAUACUGCAAGUCAAUUCUUCGUUAGGCGAACUGAGCAUUUUUAUAGAUUUUUUCUUACUGCCUGGCUUCAGACGAAGGGAUUUAUCUACAAUAUCCGA